UCGUCGCCUCGCUUCCUGUAGCUUCACAGUGGCCCAGUCAAAACAAUGCAGUGUAGCAGCUGCGAGUAAAGUCAGCUUUAAAGAGCAAAAAUCUAAUUUCUCCACGGUCUCGGUGCUCCGUGUCCGCCCGCUUGCUGUAUCACCCCGGCGGGUGUCGGUCGGAUCGUGCCCGGGGUUUAUUUCACUCCGAGCCGCCAUUGUUCGGGAUUUAACCGUUUUUGUUUGGCUGGAAAUGGAAUCCGCUAACGGCUGGCUGACAGCAGCAGAGGGGAGGGGCUGAACGGCGAAGCAAACCCGGAGUUUGCGUCGAUAAACUCGGUGAAAUAAACUCUCGGUAGGCCGGUGGGUGACAUGGUGGAGUAGUAGUGCUCGUCGGCGCUGAAGCUCUCGGUGUCCUCCGACCUCUCUCCCCGGGGAGGACCGCCAUGGCGCCGGGCUCUCUGGUGGCGGCCUGCCGCAGUCUGGCCCUCUCUACGUGGCUGCUCUCCUUCUGCUUCGUCCACCUGCUGUGUCUGGACUUCACUGUGGCCGAGCGGGAGGAGUGGUACACCGCCUUCGUCAACAUCACCUACAUGGACCCGGCCACCUCCGAGGUGCGCACCGAGAAGACGGAGUGCGGCCGCUACGGGGAGCACUCCCCGAAGCGGGACGCCAAGGGGGUGGUGGUGCUGCCCGCCUCCCCUCUGGACCGGCAGGCCUGUGAACCCCACACCCGGUUCGUGGUGCCCUCGCAGGCCGCGGCCGGCUGGAUAGCGCUGAUAGCCCAUGGGAACUGCACUACCAGGGACAAAAUCCGCCAUGCUGCCGCCCACAACGCCUCGGCGGUGGUCAUUUUCAACGUGGGCUCCACCAACCCCAACGACACCAUCACCAUGCGCCAUCAAGGUACAGGCGAGGUGGUCGUCAUCAUGAUCCCGGAGCCGAAGGGUCGGGAGGUCGUGUCGCUGCUGGAGCGCAACAUCACGGUUACCAUGACGAUCACCAUCGGCACCAGGAACCUGCAGAAGUACGUGAGCAGGACGUCGGUGGUGUUCGUCUCCAUCUCCUUCAUCGUGCUGAUGAUCAUCUCCCUCGCCUGGCUCGUCUUCUACUACAUCCAGAGGUUCAGAUACGCCAACGCGCGCGACCGGAACCAGCGUCGUCUUGGCGACGCGGCGAAGAAGGCCAUCAGCAAACUUCAGGUUCGCACCAUCAGGAAGGGCGACCAGGAGACGGAGGCCGACUUCGACAACUGCGCCGUCUGCAUCGAAGGCUACAGGCCCAACGAUGUGGUCCGCAUCCUGCCCUGCAGACAUCUGUUCCAUAAGAGCUGCGUGGAUCCGUGGCUGCUGGACCAUCGUACGUGUCCGAUGUGUAAGAUGAACAUCCUGAAGGCCCUGGGCAUCGCUCUCAACGCCGACUGCCUGGACGACCUCCCGCUGGACUACGACCUGGCGCUGGGCGGCGUGGGGAUGGGAGGAGUCGGUGCCCUGGCGCUGGAGGCUGGGGCGUCCAGCGACGGGACGCUGAGCGAGGGCGGGUCCUCGGUGGUUCUGGACCCCGGUGUCAGGCGGGUCGGGCUCCCGCAGGACUACCAGGACCCCGACCCGCUCAGAGACAGCCCCGUGACGGCCACCACCGACACCCACACAGGUGAGCUGCAGCCGAUGGCGAGCAGCGCCUCUGUGGCAUCGCUGGUCAUCGCCGUGGAAACCGGCCUGUCCGAUGAGGAGGGGUCCAUGGAUCGACCUCAUAUGGGUGCCAAAUCCUGAGAACAGCCCAGCAGAACCGAGCCAGAACCAGGCCAAAAUAAACAGGACCUAACUGAACCAGAAGGUCCAGAGAGACUAGAACCAUCUGACAUAAACGUGCUAACAGCCUGGUUCUGGAUUAGGCCCGUCUGGUCCAGAACCACGAGGCUCGACUGGGAUGGAUUCUUGGAGCGGACCCGCUCAAAGGAAGCGGACGUGUUUCAGUUUUCACCUUUGAUCGUUCUUGGUUCUUCAUCCCGACUCCGCCUGGUUCCGUCCCCAGAUGAUCCAGUUGGUUCCGUCAGCAGAACCCAAUCAUUCCUGACAGAACCCAUCCGUCUGGUUUCUCCAGAGUUCUUUCACAACCAGUCUCUCCUUGCUCUGGUUCUGGUUCUCCAGAUUCGGACCGCCUCUCUCUGACAUUUUGCAUCGUCUGACUGAAAGACUUUGAUCUCAAUCGGACUCUGAUCGACCCGGCAGUAUUACUCCUGCAGUAUUGAAGACCCGCCUCCCUCGUUCGGGUCGGUUUGCUCCUUGACCUCUGACCUUUUCUGAGUUUCGGUUUCAAUUCUUCCUCUGUCGUUUCUGGAGCGAUGCAGGAAUCAACAAAGUUUUAUUUAAAACCUGAAGCACAGAUGAAAGGAAGAAGAAGAAGAUGCUGCCUGUAUCUCUGAAUCGGUACCAGAACCAAACCUGGAGCAAACGUUGAGUUUCUCAACUCUCCAUCUCCUUUAAACUUCAGUUUCCAUCACAGGAACUCUUGGUGCUUUUGGACCACAGCAGGUUUCCUUUGGAGCCAAAAUCCCGUCGGGUUUCGGGUUCGAUCUCAUUGGAAAUUCCUCAUAGAACCCGUUUGACGUCCCGUUGGACCGCCGUGGAUUUCCUGUAGUUCCUGGAGCAAAUUCCACCUCGUUUUGUUCAAACCAGUUCUUUACUAUUUGAAUAUUCAAAUAAUUAGUCAAAUAUUUAAGAUGUGAUGCAGAAAUCUGUGAUUAUUUGAGCCAUUUCUGAUCCCAUCAGCUCCUCUGAUGCUUCGUGUUUAUUAGCAAAACAUUAAAUCUGCAGAAAUGUAACGGAAAACGAUGAGGCAAGAUAAAUAUCUAAAACCUGCCAGUUUCCUAAAGAGUUUAUCUCAUUAAAAACAGUUUAACUUUUAACAUGCUUUAGGUGACCAGCACCAAUAGAUAACUGGCUUAACGAGCCUAAAGUUGAUAAAUUAGCUGAUAUUUGUGAUAAAUUUCUGAUAGUCCUCUUGUUGAUCAAAUCUGUCUAAAAUAUAACUCAGAAAUUAAUUUGUAAAACGUAAAAGAUGCUCAGAUUGUUGGAAAAAUGUCAAAAUUUGUUAAAUCCACAGAAUAUUAAGAAUAUUCUAUAUUAAGAAUAUUCUAUAUUAAGAAUAAUCUAUAAUACUGUUGGUUUUUAGGUACACAGGAUUUUUUUAAUGUAGUUCCUUGAUUUAAAGGUUCCAGUUCUCUGAUCAAUUAAAUCAGUUUUGCAAUAAAUUAACAUUUUUCUGAGGUUUUCUGCUGAAUUGUUUCUUGUUUUCAUCAUCGAUGGUACGAACCGGUUGCAGCUUGGAGGAUUAAACAAAACAGCAGCGAGAACUUUUAAUUUAAUAAGUUAUUCUUUCUAAUAAAGAAUAAUUUUAAUCCCUUUCCGGGUCUUUUUAGCGCAAUGCUAACGUUUAGCGCAAUGCUAACGUUUAGCGCAAUGCUACCGUUGCUCUGACUGAAAAAACGACGGGAUCUUCCUCGGUGAAUUGCCGGGGUAAUUUAGCGGUACCUCUCCAGAACCGUGUGGUCCAAAAGCACCUUCAGCUUUGCCUUGCUCUUCUCGCUCAACGCGCCUGCGCCGUCAUCCUGCUGCCUUUUUCUACCUUUCACUUCCGACAAUCUGCUGGUCUGGACCGCCGCCGCGUUAUUCCCCCCCAGAAACACGGACUGCGAGUGAAAGGUUCCCGGUUCUGCCUCGACCCGUUCCUCGUCCUGUAAAUAUGAAACGGGUUCACCUCGCUGUUUGUUCGCUCCGGACGUUUUCGACGAGAAAGAAAAAGAUUGUCGUCUAUUUUGAUACCAGAGGAGACGUUUAUUUUUGUAACGAAGCAGCAGAGACUGAUUUAUCCGCGCCGUCCGACCCGCCAGCAGCCCGGAUGGUUCUGAUCGGGCUGGUUUAGAUGUUCAGUAUUUGUGUAAUUGUACAUAAAAGCUUGUUGUUGUUUUUAUUUCCAGAGCUUGUUUGGUUGAAACCUGAGAGAACUGAGCUCACCUUCAUGGAUGGAAACGAAGAAGCGACUUCAGCGGAAACAGUUUCCUUCGGUAUUUGUCUGUUUUCCCGUCUCAUUGCUUCUGUUUCCUGUGGGUUCGGUUCCUCUCAGACUCUUUCUGGACUUCUUUCUUUGCUUCAGCGGGUUCCCGUUGUAAACACUAAGUAAUUUAUACUCUGUGAAAUCAGAGAGCUCGUAAGAAAUGACGAAUUUGUACGGAUUGUCUUGGACAAUUUUCAGCGAGAAAUGUUUUAAUUAAAGUCACCUGCUUUGUGUUGUGA